AUGUCUCCAACAACAACAGGGAUGCCCAUCAGGGACGCAGCGCAGAGACCUGCGAGGGUACCCACUGGCCUCAGCGUCUCUCCAACCGCCACAUUCCACAGCCUGUCGCACAGCCUGGGCUCAGCCAUAGCGCAGGAGGAGACAGCAAAGCAGCUCAAGCCUUUUGAGACCACGGAUAUCAAGAUCCUGCUUUUGGAAAAUGUCAACCAGAGCGGCAGGGACAUCCUCAAGGAGCAGGGCUACCAGGUCGAGUCCCUGAAGACGUCUCUUCCCGAGGAUGAGCUCAUCGAGAAGAUCCGUGAUGUGCAUGUCAUCGGCAUCCGGUCAAAGACCAAGCUGACAGAAAAGGUGCUGGCCCAAGCCAAGAACCUGCUCGUCAUUGGCUGCUUCUGCAUUGGCACGAACCAGGUGGACCUCGAAUACGCGGCCAAGAAGGGCAUCGCGGUGUUCAACUCGCCCUUUGCGAACUCGCGCAGCGUCGCCGAGCUCAUCAUCGCCGAGAUCAUCGUGCUGGCCCGGCAGCUGGGCGACCGCUCCAUGGAGCUGCACCACGGCACCUGGAACAAGGUCAGCGCCAGGUGCUGGGAGAUCCGCGGCAAGACGCUCGGCAUCAUCGGCUACGGCCAUAUCGGCUCGCAGCUGUCAGUGCUUGCCGAGGCCAUGGGCAUGGACGUCAUCUACUACGACGUUGUGACCCUCAUGGCGCUGGGCACGGCGCGCCAGGUCGCUACGCUCGACGACCUGCUCGAGGAGGCCGACUUUGUCACCUGCCACGUGCCGGCCACGCCAGAGACCAAGAACAUGAUUUCGGCGCCCCAGCUCAACCGCAUGAAGGACGGCGCCUACCUGCUCAACGCCAGCCGCGGCACCGUCGUCGACAUUCCCGCCCUCGUCAACGCCAUGCGCAGCGGCAAGAUCGCCGGCGCCGCCCUCGAUGUCUACCCGCACGAGCCGGCCGCCAACGGUGACUACUUCACCAACGACCUCAACGCGUGGGCCGAGGACCUGCGCGGGCUCAAGAACCUAAUCCUGACGCCACACAUUGGCGGCAGCACGGAGGAGGCGCAGCGGGCCAUCGGCAUCGAGGUCUCUGAGGCGCUGGUCCGGUACAUCAACCAGGGCCUGACUGUUGGCAGCGUCAACCUGCCCGAGGUGACUCUGCGCAGCCUGGGACGCGAGGAGCAAAACAGCGCGCGUGUCAUCUACAUCCACAAGAACGUGCCCGGUGCCCUCAAGGACAUCUACCGCAUCCUGAUGGGCCACAACAUCGACAAGCAGACCAGUGACAGCAAGGGCGACAUCGCGUACAUGAUUGCAGAUAUCAGCGGCGUACACAUCAGCGACCUGAAGAGCAUCUCGGAUGAGCUCAACUCCCUAAGCUCCAGGAUUAUGACCCGUAUUUUGUUUUAA